GAUGGCUCCACGUAUAAAUACACGCUGGGGGCUCCGCUCUGUCGGUCGCGUUCCGCGUCUCCUCGGGCCGCAGAGGGCCACUCGUUACCCCGGUCGCGUCUCCCGAGGCCGCGGGAAGCAGGGCAGCGUCCCAUGCAAAGAGCAGCGGCCCCGUCGGCAGAGGAGCGCGCGGUCAAGCGGCGCCGUGGGGUCCCCGGGCACUGUCAGGAGGCGCCGGGUCUCACCGCCCACUAGGCCGCGGCCUCCUUAAUUUAUUAUUUUAAUAGUUACCCCGUGAUUUGUACAUCUCCAUGUAACCGUCGCGCUUGUUUUAGUACAGCGGCAACGUUUAGUGUGCAAGUUGCGGCGCCCCGUGUACGUGCGUGGACAACGAUGGCCGUUUCCAGGUUGGACCGGCUGUUCAUUCUGUUGGAUACAGGCACCACUCCAGUCACUAGGAAAGCAGCUGCACAGCAAUUAGGGGAAGUUCAAAGGCUUCACCCACAUGAGCUUCACAACCUUCUUGCAAAGGUGAUAACUUACUUGAGGAGCCCCAACUGGGACACGCGCAUCGCUGCGGGCCAGGCGGUGGAGGCGAUCGCCAGAAAUGUGCCGGAGUGGAAUCCCCUUCCGAAGUCCAAGUUGGAGGGGGAGCAGGGGCGGCAGAGCCCCGACAGCCAGGAUGACGACCGACUGGCGUUCCGCAGGUUCGACAUCGCACGGUUGCUCAAGCACGGCGCAUCCCUGCUCGGCUCCACAGGGGCAGAGUUUGACGUUCAAGACGACAAAUCUGAUGUGGACCCCAAGGAGCGAAUUGCACGGCAGAGGAAGCUGCUGCAGAAAAAGCUCGGUCUGGACGUGGGCUCGGCGCUGGGCAUGAACACGCACGAGCUGUUUGACGACGAUGACCUCAACGCUUCCUCGUCCAGCACCAACCACACCAAGCCCCAACCCUUCAAUGCCGUGGAGAUCAUGGAGUCUGAGUUUGCGCACGGAAUGAGCAAUCGGCAGAAGAACAAGGCUAAGCGCAUGGCCAAGCUGCAUGCCAAGCAAAGGUCGAGAGAAAACACGGACGUCGCCACGACCAGUGACACUGUUGAUGGAGAGCCAGAUGAGAAGAAGCGAAAAGUGGCGGUGGAGGUACCCAUUGUUGAGGACAAAGUCCUGCUGGAAACCCUACCCGAAAACAGCUGUCUCUUUGAAGAGAUGAACGAAUGGCCAUUUGAAAGUUUUUGUGAAGAGCUAUGCAAUGACCUUUUCAGCCCUUCAUGGGAGGUGCGGCACGGUGCGGCGACGGGCCUCCGCGAGGUAUUGAAGGCACACGGGCCAAGCGGGGGCAAACCGGCAGAUGCCACGCUGGAGGAGAUAGAGGAGCAGCAUCAGCAGUGGCUGGAGGACCUCUCUAUCCGCCUGCUGUGCGUGUUCGCCCUUGACCGCUUCGGGGACUUUGUGUCUGAUGAGGUGGUGGCGCCCGUGCGGGAGACGUGCGCACAGACACUGGGCGUGGUGCUGAGGCACAUGCGAGCCGAGGGCGUGCUCGGGACCACGCGCGUGCUGCUCCAGCUGCUGGGCCAAGAGCAGUGGGAGGUGCGGCAUGGCGGGCUGCUGGGCCUCAAGUACACCCUUGCAGUGCGCCAGGACCUGAUCGAGGCGCUGCUGCCGCGCACGCUGCCCGUCGUCAUCGAGGGCCUGCAGGACAUGGACGACGACGUGCGCGCCGUCGCUGCCGCCGCCCUGGUGCCGGUGGUGGAGAGCCUCGUCCAGCUCCACCCGGAGAAGAUCCCAGUGAUCAUGAACACCCUGUGGGACUCCCUACUGGAGCUAGACGACCUGACGGCCUCCACGAAUAGCAUCAUGACCCUGCUGUCCUCGCUGCUUGUCUACCCUGCCGUGCGACUCAACAGCAUGCAGCAGUCGUUCACGGUGCUGGUGCCGCGCGUGUGGCCGUUCCUGAGGCACAACAGCAGCUCGGUACGGAAGGCCGCCCUGGAGACGCUGAACACCAUCCUCUCCACACAGGACUCCCAGAGCUGCUCGCUGUGGCUGACUCCGAUCCUGCAGGACAUGAUGCGCUUCAUCUACCAGGUCGCAAUCCUGGAGAGCAGCCAGGACAUCUGUUACCUCGUGCAGAAGGUGUGGCAGGAGCUCCUCGCCAAGGCCCCCCUCCAGUACAUCGUGGCAGCUGCUUGCCCCUGGAUGGGCGCUUGGCUGUGUCUCAUGAUGCAGCCCUCGCACAUGCCCAUCGACCCCAACAUGCUUAUGGAGACACGUGCCAGGGCCAAGGACAAGUGCAACGUGAAGGCGCGUCCGGGCCAGCCGGUGCGGGAGGUGCGUCACGAGUACAUUGCCGGCUCGGAGACGGUGCACGAAGACCCGGCGUCGCGCGAUUACCAUGUCAUGCGUACGCGCCUACUCAACGCGAGAUUGCUGGGCGCUCUCAGCUGCUGCAUCUCGCAUCCGAGCGUGAACCUCGCGAGUCAGGAGAUCCGGCCAGCCGAGUCUCUGGCCCAGCUGCUGCUCUUCUACCUCAACUCCAAGUCGGCGCUGCAACGCAUCGCCGUGUCGCUCGUCAUCUCGGAAUGGGCCGACCACAAACAGGACUGCACCACGGUGUCGGACGCGGUGCGGCCGCGCCUGCAGGCGGUGCUGUCGGAGCAGCUCUACUACGACGAGAUCGCCGUGCCCUUCACACGCAUGCAGACCGAGUGCAAGCAGCUGGUGUCCGUGCUGCUGGAGGGCGGCUAUGACGUGCGGCCGCGUCUCGCCAGCGCCGUGCUCACUAUCGAGCAGGCCCUGCAGCUGGUGGGACCCAUCUUCAACGAGGCGGUGGCAGCUGUGGAGCCGAGUCCCGUGGCGUCGCAGCAACUGCAGGGCAAGAGGCAGCAGGUGCAGUCGACGGUGCACGAGACGAGCGUCGAGUGGCAGCUGCUGCACCUGCGCGUGCACAUGUUCGCCGCGUGCGCCGUGGUCGCCAUGCGCUCGCUGCCCGACAAGAUGAACCCUGUCAUCAAGCCGCUCAUGGAGGCUGUGCGCCGCGAGGAGAACGUGCUGGUGCAGGGCUUUGCCGCGGGGAAGGUGUCGCAGUUGCUGCAGCAGUGCGUUGGCCGCAGUCCUUGCCCGAACCAAAAGAUUGUGAAGAACCUGUGCAACUCGGCCUGCAUCGACUCUGUGCAGACGCCCGCCGCCGCUUGCCCCAUCCCCUCCUCCAACGACACGUCCAAAGGCUCGUCGCAGGAGAAGGAGAAGCUGCAGCAUUCGGUGAACAAACUGCAGGGCAUCAUCACUCUGUACCGCGCACAGAAGGCGGCCUCCUCCAUCACGAGCCGCAAAGGCCCGGCCCCGAGGCCGCGAGGGCCUGCCCCGGGGGAGACCCUCCACGGCUCCCUGCCCGAGGGCGACCAGGCUCAAAAGGCAAACUUGGUGCAGAGGCGCGGUGCGGAGCUAACGCUCGCGCGCAUCGCCAAGCACCUGGGCAUGGAGAUGCAUACCGUGUUGCCUUACCUGUGGGAGGCCAUGCUGGGGCCUCUGGUCAAGCAGGUGGACUCCGUACACUUCAGCAGUGAGGAACUGUUGGCUGGCGGAGAUGUCCAGGCCCAGGAUCUCAUCAAUGCCUUGCAGGUGUUUGAGAUCCUGACUCCAGCUCUCAGUCCAGAGCUGCACCCACAGAUCGUGGAGCAGCUGCCCCGGCUGUGCGCCUGCCUCCAACACCCGUACACGGUGGUGCGGCACAUGGCGGCGCGAUGCCUGUCGGUGCUCAGCAAGCUCGUCACCGUCACCACCAUGAACGUGCAGCUGGAGAUCGUGCUGCCCUGGCUUGGAGCCGUCGACAACGACACCAAGCGGGAGGGCGCCAUAGAAGCCUUGGCGUGUGUGAUGGACGCGUUGGACGUGGAUAUCGUACCGUACAUGGUGCUGCUGGUGGUGCCGGUGAUGGGCCGAAUGAGUGACCAGACGGAUAGUGUGCGCCUCAUGGCCACACAAUGCUUUGCCACGCUCAUCCGCCUCAUGCCGCUGGAGGCUGGCAUCCCAGACCCACCGCUCAUGUCACAGGAGCUGGCGUCCCAGAAAGUGCGGGAGCGUCACUUCCUGGAGCAGCUGCUCGACGGUUCUAAGCUGGACAACUACGCCAUCCCCGUGCCCAUCCUCGCCGAGCUGCGCAAGUACCAACAGGACGGAGUGAACUGGUUGUCGUUCCUGAACAAGUACAAGCUGCAUGGGAUCCUGUGCGAUGACAUGGGGCUCGGCAAGACCCUGCAGUCUAUCUGCAUCCUUGCCGGCGACCACUACUUGCGGGCUCAGGAGUACGAGCGCACACAGGCGGCGGACUGUGCGACGCUUCCGUCCAUGGUUGUGUGUCCCCCCACGCUCACCGGACACUGGGUGGACGAGGUGCACAAGUUUUGUCCCCGAGAAUUCCUCAACCCUCUGCACUACACUGGUCCGCCCUCCGAGAGGAUCCGUCUUCAGCGGUACAUCAAGAACCACAACUUGGUGGUGGCUUCCUAUGACGUGGUGCGCAACGACAUCGACUUUUUCAAGAAUAUCAAGUGGAACUACUGCAUUCUGGAUGAGGGUCACAUGAUCAAGAAUGGGAAAACAAAGCUCUCUAAGGCCGUAAAGCAACUGACCGCCAACCACAGGCUCAUUCUGUCUGGCACUCCAAUCCAGAACAACGUUCUGGAGCUGUGGUCCCUUUUUGACUUCCUGAUGCCGGGCUUCUUGGGCACUGAGCACCAGUUUGCGGCACGCUACGGGAAGCCCAUCCUGGCGAGCCGUGAUGCACGCAGCUCGUCCAGGGAGCAGGAGGCUGGUGUGUUGGCCAUGGAGGCACUGCACAGGCAGGUGCUGCCGUUCCUGCUGCGUCGCAUGAAAGAAGACGUGCUGCAGGACCUGCCUCCAAAGAUCAUUCAGGAUUACUACUGCUCUCUCAGUCCCCUGCAGGUGCGGCUGUACGAGGACUUUGCGCGCUCGCAAGCCAAGCACGACGUGGACGACACAAUCUCCUCGGGGAAACUGUCCUCGGAGCCCAGCGACAAGACCAAGCUCAAGGCCACCGGGCACGUCUUCCAGGCUCUGCAGUACCUGCGCAAGCUGUGCAACCAUCCCGCGCUGGUGCUCACUCUGCAGCACCCAGAGUUCCAGCGAAUCUGCGAGGAGUUGGCCACACACGGAUCAUCGCUGCGCGAUAUCCAGCACGCGCCCAAGCUCUCUGCACUCAAACAGCUGCUGCUGGACUGUGGUUUGGGUGGCGGCGGCGGUGCGGGUGGUGUGGAUAGCGGCCCCGAGGCCGUGGUCGCCCAGCACCGCGUGCUCAUCUUCUGCCAGCUCAAGAGCAUGCUGGACAUGGUGGAGUACGACUUGCUGCGGCCGCAGCUGCCCGCUGUCACCUACUUGCGCCUCGACGGGAGCGUGCCCGCCGGCCAGAGGCACUCCAUCGUUGCGCGGUUUAACAACGACCCGUCAAUCGACGUGCUGCUGCUGACGACCCACGUGGGUGGCCUGGGCCUCAACCUGACGGGCGCCGACACGGUCGUGUUCGUGGAGCACGACUGGAACCCCAUGAGGGACCUGCAGGCCAUGGACCGUGCGCACCGCAUCGGGCAGAAACGCGUGGUGAACGUGUACCGCCUGAUCACGCGUGGCACGCUUGAGGAGAAGAUCAUGGGGCUGCAAAAGUUCAAGCUGAGCAUCGCCAAUACCGUGAUCAACCAGGACAAUGCCAGCCUGCAGAGCAUGGGCACCGAGCAGCUGCUCGACCUCUUCACCCUCGAGAAGGGCGGUCUGUCGGAGGAUGCUCCCUCAAGCGGAGGAGCUUCCAAGAAGGAGACGAUAAAGUCUGUUCUGGAGAACCUGGGAGACCUGUGGGACCAGGAGCAGUACGACUCUGAGUACAACCUGGACUCGUUCAUAAAGUCCCUUAAGUAGCAGCGGGGGAUGGCUUGCGCGCACCAAGACGCGGUCUCUUUUGUCUUAAAAAAUAAAAUAAAUGAUGUCGAAAACUUAAGGGGAAUUGAGGGCAAGUGGGAAAGAAAAUAAAUCGACCUACUCCAGCCGUGGUAGGAAAUAGCAAAAACAGUCUCUGAAGAGUUUGUGUUAUGGUUCUGUCUUGGUGUGGGGGUAGUAUAUUUUCGGAAGCGAAGCAGAAAUAACACGGCCCAUACCUUCAUUGAAAUUGUACAAUAAUGGCUUCUAUAUAAUGGAAUGAAUGGAACAAAUACUUUCACCAGUGGGGAAGGCUUCCAAGCCUGACAAAGGAGGGGGUCCUGCUUUGACUGAGCAGGCAUGGUGUUGAUGGCUCCCUCGACCACUGCGACUCCGAGGCAGCUCGCACAACAUGUGCGUGUUCCUGGGGCUGCAGCUGAAGACGACUUCGCUCCGCAUCCAGAUCCAAGAGGAGGAGGGGGUAUGGAUCUGUGUCAGAUUUGCUGAGAUCCACACAUGCAGUGUUUUCUUCACCCGAGAAGAAUGUACUCUGCCCACAGUAGUGGAUGCUGCAUGCCGCUAGAUCAGAGAAGCUGCUAACUCGGCAGAGAUCUUGCUCUGUGGAAGUGCAGUAGGAUUUGUUUUGGUACACGAGGAUUUGGCUUUGAGCUUGGUUUGGAAAGCUGGGCACCCACGUGCGAUUUCAGACGGUAGGGCACGCCUGCUCCAAUCCUGGUUGUGUUUGGUGCCCUCUGUAACCCUGACUCCCUCCUACCCCUUAACCGUUUACUUCCCUGGCACAUGGCAACCCAGUAAGGCACAGUGACAAGGUCUUGUACACGCAGCACUAAGUAAACAUUGUGGCUGUUACAGCUGUUGGACGGGUUUAACCAUAUACAGUUCUAGCUGUUUUGGCUCUGAUCACAUGUACAUGGAACUCAAAUAGUUGGGCGUAUUAACUGAUGUUGCUUCAUUUAGUAGGACAUGCUGUGACCAUACAUUUAAAAAAAAGUCACCCCUGUAAGGGGGAUUUAUUGAUAUGCAUGACCUUUGCAGGGCCCACCUGUUCUGGGUCAAUAUCUUAAAAUAUAUUUCCCCCAAAAUUCUGCAUCAGGUUUUCCACCUGUUAGCUGUGUUGCUUGAGUUAGGCAAUGCAUGAUUGAUCAAUUACCUUUGAGCUGUCCUGCAUUGUGCGGGCUUGUGAAGGUGAACACAUUGUAUCUCUACCAUGUUUUAUGAGGUGUGUCACCCUUCUGUGUCAUUCCCAGUGGCCAUUCGGUAAAUGUGUAAUUUGGUACUCAUGUUUGCGUUGGGCAAUGAGGCUGAACGACCACUUGAAUUGGAGACUCGGAGGGCUGUGGUCUGUUUUUAUGAAAUGGUGAGUGCGUUAAGAGUUAAAAUAUAGCCUAACAGCAUUUGUGGCAGUGCCAUGCGUUUAUUUGUUGACUUGUGUACAGCUGCUGGUGUUUAUUCAUAAUCCGGUGCAACGUGUGCACGCGCGCUGCGUGCACGAUGCCUAAAUACGCCUGGGGGUUUGCGACCGUGGCCCCUUUCCCAUGGUGCUCCGUAUGCUCAUGGGAUUUUUUUUAUAUAAUCCCUGGGUUGAGCAAAAAAUUUACGUUGCAGGGGAAACCUGUGAUUGGCCACGAUUGUGGCAAACUUCCACCCUGAAAAGAUAUCAAGUGUGGGUGAAUGCAUUGUUACAUCAACCUCAUGCACGACGAGCGGUCAUGGUGAUUGAGAGCACGGGGCUGUUCCCUGUAAGCCCCAUUUGCCGUUUUAACUUUUCUACCUGUGCCCCAUUUAAUGAAUUGUCGAGGACAGACACCUCCGCACUAAAACAUUACAGGUUCGUCGUUUGUAUUUAAACUGGUGUUAUUUUCAGGAUUUAGUAUGGUCUUUAAAAGUACUGCUUUUGGCUUUACAAAGAAAUAGUCAAUAUGA